CCAACCACAUUCCUUCCACUAAUCGAAUCGGCAAAUAGUACUACCAAGGUCAGCUCUCCUGCCUGUCCUCCACAGUCCAAACCCACUUCUUUAACAACUUUCCCUCACUUUCUCGCCCGCACUUUCCCGGAAAAUCAAAACAACCCCAAGAACAAACGACAUAGACACAUCUAGGCGAAACGCUCAUGAGGGCACAGAGAAAGUCGAUCCACGCGGUCUCGACAUGGGUGCGGAAACAACCGCCGAAGGUGAAGGCCUUCCUGGCCGUUGUCUCGGGCAUGGCGGCGCUGGUUCUGCUCCGAUUCAUCGUCCACGACCACGACAACCUGUUCGUCGCCGCCGAGGCUGUUCACUCAAUUGGAAUAUCCGUGCUCAUCUACAAGCUCAUGAAGGAGAGGACUUGCGCUGGACUAUCGCUCAAAUCCCAGGAAUUAACAGCUAUUUUUUUAGCUGUUAGGCUGUACUGCAGUUUUGUUAUGGAAUAUGAUAUACACACCCUACUUGAUUUAGCUACAUUUGUGACAACCCUGUGGGUUAUUUAUAUGAUCCGUUUUAAAUUAAAGUCUAGUUACAUGGAGGACAAAGACAAUUUUGCGAUAUAUUAUGUGGCGGUACCCUGUGCUGCGUUAGCUUUGUUUAUUCACCCAUCAACUUCUCACCAUGUAGUGAACAGGAUCUUAUGGGCAUUCUGUGUAUAUCUGGAAGCUGUUUCAGUACUACCCCAGUUGCGGGUAAUGCAGAAUACAAAGAUUGUUGAACCAUUCACUGCUCACUAUGUAUUUGCUCUAGGCGUGGCGAGGUUCUUGAGCUGUGCCCAUUGGGUUCUCCAGGUUUUAGAUAGUCGUGGACACUUGCUGGUUGCCCUGGGUUAUGGAUUAUGGCCUUCUAUGGUUCUUAUCUCAGAAAUUGUCCAGACUUUCAUCUUAGCAGAUUUCUGUUACUAUUAUGUCAAAAGUGUUUUUGGUGGCCAGCUUGUCCUCCGUCUUCCCUCUGGAGUGGUGUGACAGGGGAUCCUCCUCUUGGUCCAUGUUCAGUGAGUGCAGUGCCAUCCAAAAAUUUAACUUAACCAGACAAUCUGGCUGAUUAUCCAAAAUUUAGUUCUGCUUUUUGCUCUCCCUCUGUCAUGACUAUUUAGUCAAGUGGGUUGUUUGUAAAGAUGGGGGAUGCAGAAAGCUUUGAUAUUUAUAUACUAAACAUGAUUUUCAUUGUUGAUUUAUGUUUCUGUGUCAAUUUUAAUAUCUUGCUCA